AUUGCAAGCUCCAAAUGGUGGAUUUUUAUGUUUGUAGUUGUUUUAAGACUUAAAUAUUUGAAAUGCUUUAUGACUUAUGUGUUGAAAAGUUUGAUUUUAUCAUUGAUGAUGCAUAUAAUUACAUAUUUAUUGUUUAUAUUAGGGGUAAAAAAUAAUUAAAAAGUGAGAAGAUACAAGUAACUUCACAAAUUCGGUUUUGCUUGAAAAACCGAACCGAAUUAUAAUUCGGUUUAAACCGACCGAACCGAAUUAUAAUUCAGUUCAAAUUCGGUUUGAGGUUUUGGAGAAUUCGGGGACCCGGUAUUCAUAAUUUUGGUUCGGUCGAAACCGAACCGACCGAAUGCCCACCCCUACGUGGCACUAUGGCUCGGGUAAUCCGAGCAGAGGGUACCCGGACCUGCAGGGAGGCUACCAGGGGUACUAUGGCUCGGGAAUUUCGAGCAGGGGGCAUGGAUUCUCAUAUGGGCAGCCAUGGAGGGCCCCGGGCAGUGACAGGUAUGGGUCGUGCUAUCCUAGUUAUGAGGGUGCUAAUGGGAUAGUCUUUCGUGCUAAGCCUCCUACCAUUGAGUUUCCGAAAUUCAAGGGGCAAGAGGAUGCAGGACUCUGGUUGUAUGCAACUGAGAGGUGGUUUCAGAACCACCCAAUUUCGGAGGAACGGAAGGCCUACCAGGCGUCCUUCCAUUUAGAAGGAGAUGUGCUCCAGUGGUGGGAGUGGAUGGAGAGAUCGUAUACGGCCGCUGAGACUUUGAUCACCUGGGCCAUGUUCCAGGAGGAGCUCCGUUACCAGUUCGAGAAAUCAGAAGGAUGGGCACCGGAGCAGCUUGCGAAGCUGAAACAGACUAGCACGGUGGCUGACUACCGCGCAGAGUUCUUCAAGCUGAGCAACCAGUGCAAAGGAGUGCCGGAGGACACCCUGGUGGGGCUAUGCAUGGCGAGUGUCAAGCCCGAGAUAGCAGCAGCAGUUCGAGUAUUCGAGCCAGGUUCUUUGAAAGCUGCUUUUUGUCUUACAGGUCACAAGGAGGAAGAACUUGCCAGCUGGAGAAGUACUAUUGGCCGUUACACUAGGCCAAGUGGAGGGGGCAGCAGUAGUGGAGGCAAUGGAGGAGGAGCCGCGGCGGGAAAUGCAGUAGGGGCAAGCACCGGGGGCGGGAACCCUGCACCAGUGACCAGGGGAGGGCCUCGGUCCAUACCAAAAGGGUUCUACCGGCUCUCACCGGCCGAGAUUGAGCAUAAGAGGUGGGAGGGCAAGUGCUUCAAUUGUGAUGGCCGAUUCACCAUCGGUCACCAGUGUUCGAAGCCGGAUUUGAUGAUGCUAGUUGGGCGAUGGGAGGAUGAAGCAGUGGACGAGGCAGAGGACGACGAGCAUGGCGAGAAGGAGACCCAGUGAGUAGAGGACCAACCUUGAGGACAAGGUUGUUUUCCGAAGGAAGAGGGGAUGAUAGAAACUAGUAUUUAGCAUUUUUAAUUACUUAUUGGAUUAUUAUUAUUUUGGAUUAUUGGGACUAUUUCGGGGAUUGGGGAAUAAAUUAUAGUCGGGUAAGCAGUAGGGAAUUAGCCAAUUAUUAUAUAAAUUGCUUGUAAGUGGGAUUAGGCCACUAAGCAAGAUUAAACCUAAUAAACCCUAAUCUUUCCUCUCUCUCUCCCUUCUCCUCUCCCUCGGCUGAACUUCUUCUCCCUUCUCAUUCCUUUGGCUGCCGAGCAGCCCUGCUCCUCUCCCUUCCCAUUUCCAAACUUCCCCCUUCCACUCUCUUCUGCACUCAAAUCACUAGGGUCAUCCUCUCAUUGACCCCUAGUCCAAAUCCCUAGAUAGAACUCUGUGCAGCGCGUUCUAUCAUGUUGUUAUAGUAACAUCAUAAUUCAUUAAGGGUAAAUGAGUAAAAUUACACCAAAAAAAUAUAAAUAUAAAAUUAUUCAACCUCCCUCUUCCUCGCUUCUACCGCUUUCACGUGAAUCCUGGUUGGAGACGACUCAGACCAGAGCAUGCACUGGUUUCCUUCUUCCUGGUCGCCACUCGCAGGCGAUGCUCUGCUUCUUCCGGGUCGCCACUCGCAGGCGUUUCUCUCCUUCUUCUUCCCGGUCGCCACUCGCAUGCAAAGGAUCAUAGAGCUUUGUGUUUGCUCUCUUUGGAGAAUGGGAGGUCAAUCUGCUGACGGAGAACGGAACAUCGGCGCCGACCUCUGCUGACGGCAACUCUAACGUCGAACAAGGGAGUCAAUCUGCCAUCGACGGAAAUAGGGUGACUUACUCAACGACGCACUCGGAGGAGAGCUACGGCGGAGGCGGAGAGAAGAUGUAGCGAAACCGCAAGUCGCUGCGCUGCGGGUGCCAAGCCAAUAUGCGCGUUGUCAAACGGGCGGAUUUAGACGUCCGCGUCCCUAAGUGGCGAGUUACAGGUUUCAACAAUUUUCUUAAUCAUGGACUGUUGAAUUCUAGCCAACUCUCUCUUCUUCCAUCUUACUGCGGCAUAUCACUAGAUGACAAAAGCGGGAUUUGUAUAUUUCCCAAAGCUGGGUUGUCGGUUUGUCAUAUGUUGAGGUUGAUGGGAUGAAGGAUGAAGAUCAUAGCUUCAAGUGUGAGUUCAAGAUAGAUGGGAACAAUAGAUUGUCUCAUAAUACAAACCACUAAUCUUUCAAAACAUAACAAAAAUAUCACAAAACAUACUAUAAUUAUUUUUAAAGCAUACCAGAAAUCUCCUAAUAUAUACCACAAAUUGCGUAAAACAUACUAGAAACACCACAAAGCAAACCACAACUAUUUCUAAAACACACCAAAAACCUCCUAAUGCAAACCACAAAUGCGAUAAAACAAACCACAAAAAAGCAUACUAGAAACCUUCUAAAGCAAACCACAAGUCUCCUAAAACAAACCAGAAAUCUCACAAAAGCAACCCAUAAUAUUUUGAAAAGCACACCAGAAACACCCUAAUGCAAACCACAAACACGGACAAGCAAACCAAAACAAUAAACGUCCUAAUGCAGA